GCGCGGCCGAGAGGGCGGUGCUUCCGGCUGGCGGAGGUGGAAGCUGCGGCGUUGGGGGCGGAUCCUGGGUCGCGACCCCGACCCCUGCCCCGUUCGGCGACUUCGACCCCGACCCCCACCCGGGCAGUGACCCCCACCCGGUCAUACCCGUAUGGCCCGGCACGUGUUCCUGACGGGACCCCCAGGGGUUGGAAAAACAACGCUGAUCCAGAAAGCCAGUGAAGUUUUAAAGUCCUCUGGCUUGCCUGUCGACGGGUUUUAUACCGAAGAAGUCAGACAGGGAGGAAGAAGAAUAGGGUUCGAUGUUGUCACGUUGUCCGGCGCCCGUGGACCUUUAUCCAGGAUUGGGUCAGAGCUUCCGCCUGGAAAGCGUGAGUGCUGCGUUGGGCAGUAUGUGGUGGAUCUGACUUCCUUCGAGCAGCUAGCGCUUCCGGUCUUGAGGAAUGCGGGUCCCAGAGGUGGCUCGGGGCAGAGCGUGUGUGUCAUCGACGAGGUGGGGAAGAUGGAGCUCUUCAGUCAGCCGUUCAUCCAGGCCGUUCGCCAGGUGCUGUCCAGCCCGGGGACUGUCGUCCUUGGCACCAUCCCAGUACCCAGAGGAAAACCGCUGGCCCUCGUGGAAGAGAUAAGAACCCGAAGCGACGUUGAGGUGUUCAGUGUCACCAAGGAGAACAGAAACCACCUUCUGCCAGAGGUCGUGACGUGUGUGCAGAGUGGCCGCAAGUGAAGACGACUUGUCACUGCUUUUCUGCAGGUGAACACAUCUCUUGGAGAGGAGCCUGAGUUCCCUGCCUGUCCAGGUUUUUGGCCUUCGGGUUUAUGAAACCUUGGAGGCUUUUCCAAAGAAAGCCUGACAGCUGUUUUCCAAAAAAUGUUUAAAAGAUCAAAUUAGCCUUAAUGCUGGAUUGACUUUACAAGAUUAACAAUCCACUGUGGCUUAUUUAUGCUGAGAGAUUUCUGUUUAUUUCCUCUUGCAGUUGUGCAUAUGAUUUGGGUAAAUUAUGAAAUGAGAAAUGGUUUUCGGAGUAUUAGAUGGAAUUUGCCCCCAUUGAAGUUUAUAAAUGUGUUCAGGGAAGGGGGAGAGAAGAGUUCACUGCCUAAUCAGUUUUGCAUGUCAGGAAAAUUAAAUCCCUCUCCAGGAGCAGCUGCAGUCCCCUGCAACUUAGAGUGAUAACAGUUACUUGAUUUUUGAAAAAUCAGUAUUUCAAGAAAAGCCAUUUUCAGUCCUCCCCCUCCCCAUCCCUUAUUGUUUAUCUGUUUGCUUAUUGCUUAAUAAAAUAGAGGUAGACGUGA